AUGCUCACAGUAAUCCUUAGUAUUGACACCUCGGAAGAGAAGCAGAUGCGCGCUAAAUACUGCGCUUGCAACAUUUGCCAGCACCUUGGCUACUCUGUCGGACCUGAUGUAAUGUUGGAAGUCCAUAAGUAUGGACCUCUGAAGGACUCUCAGGAACCAUGUCCGGUAAUAUUGGCUUACGGACCUUAA